AUGCACGAAGAGGAUUUCACCGCAAAUGAACAGGUCGAAAAGGAAGAAGAGGUAGACAUAUACGGCCAAGCACAACCAUUCUGCCAGCAAUCGAUCGCUCUGCAACGCCUGCAAUUCGCGCAUUCGGCAUCGAUGGUGUCUGUAGCAUCAAUGUCACCGGCCACAACGCCACCGCUUCCAAUGCUGUCGCCAAAUCAAGCUGCCGCCGCAUCAGCAAAAGUAUUAAAUAAGCAACAGAAACAACAGCAACUACAACAGCAUCAGCAGUCGCCAAUAAAAAGCACAAGCACGACGACAGGCCAGCCAAAAAUUUCAGAGCACACAGGAGCGGCUUACCAGCAACAACAACAACCACCACACAGGCAGCACGCACAACAGCAACGGCAACAACAACAAUCGCAAGCUGAGCAAAUGAUUUCCGCAGCCGGUGUCAGCGCCUCAGUGGCCGCAGCUUAUAAGCGGCAACAACAAAAACUGCGAAAACUACAUGAACUGCACUCGCUCGCCUUGGAGGGUGGCGACACGGCRCGCGGUUAUUGCUCCUGCGACGAGCAAUGGACCUCAUCAUCGCCGACCACUUCCGGCUCGCCAACACUCUCGUGCACCGAAGGACACGAAAAGACAUCCGACGGAAGUGAAGGCAACGAAACAGUAACAGUAAAGCGCSAACGGAUGACAGGAAACGCGUACAAACAAAUGAACGUGAUAACAGGRCAGGGCCGGUUGGCAGUCGGUGGUAAUGACGCUGGUCACAGCCGGACAUGGCAACCACCAAAUCGCACCAACAACAGCGUCGAUAGUGGUGGCAACAUUUGGUCGGGUAUGCGAGCAAAUGAGGUCGCCAAGGCAGCAGCGGCCGUAGUGGCGGCAAAGGCAGCUGCCUCAGCUUCAGCAACGUCGACGGCGACAACGACGACGACGACGACGACGUUCAUGUCGGCCGGUGCGUUACGCCCUGUACCGGCAGUACGCCUCAAGCAACAGCACCAUGUGCGCUUCUCGGACGAAAAGAAUUUUUCAGAUUAG